AUGAUCAGCUUCAGUCAAUUUCCAACGAAGCCAGGUUUGUUUUUGCAACCAGUGCCAAGUUCGUCGGCCAGAUACGACACAGUCGAUCCCGGCGGCUGGACCCAGAGUCUGACCCUGAAUGGGCAAUGCAAGCAGCCGUUCGGCUGCGAAAGGGGCCGGUGUCUCUGUGCCACGUCGUCUUCGACAGGGGCAAGGAAAACGGCGAAAUUCUCGAUCAAGAAACGAGCGCCAUCCUCCACCGACACGAGACCCUGGAACCAAAAUCACACCAGCCUCGAGGAUGCAAAUUCAGCACCGACGGUGCGAGGGGACAGGACUGUCACAGACCUCGGAGACGGGUUUCACAGCCGGAUUACAUUGGCUACAUGGUCCCUCCGAUGGAACCAUUCAAUUGAUCGGCGUCUCGAGCGGGCGAAUGAGCCAUUCCGCUCGACAUCUCACGAUGCGCAAAAGAACGCAACGCACGAAAUCCAAGACAACACGCAGGCUGUGCUGUCAGUAGGCAGUGGCUUCAUCAGGGAAGGUGGCGCGCGACACAUGGAAGCAAGCCACGAGAGGCUCAGAGGCUGGACAGGGUCUGGUGAGGACGGGGCUAUACGAGGUCCAGGUUCCUCCGCGUGA